CUCGCGCCAAUCGCUCGAACUCCGCAGCGAACACUUCCGCAACAUCAACAAUUUAUACAGGCGAGACCGCCCACGAACAAUGUCAUUCCGAGGGGGCUCACGAGGAGGCGGUGGAGGACGUGGUGGAUUUGGCGGCGGUGGUGGAGGUUUCCGAGGCGGCCGUGGAGGCGGACGAGGAGGAUUCCAAUCGAACUACGGACCACCAGAUGCAGUCUUCGAGAUGGGUGAAUUCCUACACUCGACCGAAGGCGAGCUCGUCUGCAGCUCCAUCAACACUAAAAUCCCCUACUUCAACGCGCCCAUCUACCUUGAGAACAAGACCAAGAUCGGACAGGUCGACGAGAUUCUCGGCCCGCUGAACCAGGUUUAUUUCACUAUCAAGCCGCAGGAGGGCAUCCAGGCAACUUCUUUCAAGACCGGUGACAAAUUCUACAUCGGAGGCGACAAACUCUUGCCAUUGGAGAAGUUUCUGCCUAAGCCAAAGCCGCCGCCAGGAACAGUAUCGAAGGUCAAGAAGCCCGCACGUGGCGGUGCUCGUGGUGGUGCCGGUGGUUUCUCUCGGGGUCGGGGUGCGCCCAGAGGACGGGGUGGUCCACCUGGUCGCGGAGGCUUCGGCGCAAGAGGCGGUGGUGGAUUUGGAGGACGAGGAGGUGGCGGCGGGUUCGGUGGUGGACGAGGCGGCAGCGGAUUCGGCGGACGUGGACGUGGAACGCCUCGUGGCCGUGGCCGGGGAUUCUAGGGGCUUGCGUCCUCAGCCUCCUUCCUGUCCUCUUGUGUUUGCA